AUGGCUCCCUCUCAGACUUCCUUCCUGGAUCUCGUUGCGCAGACAUCAGCAGCAAAAGAUGCUAUUAAGAAGUCUAAAGAGGCCAAGCGCGAGUCGAAGAAGACUGGCAAGAGUGAAUGGCUCAAACAGAACAAGGGCGUUAACAAACGCGCCCAGCGUGAUGUAGAGCUACGAGAAAAUGAUCUAGCUCGCCUAUCGCACGAGCAGAUCAAGGCGCGCAUGGAGCAGAAGAGUCAACUAUAUGAUCAGAUGAAGCGUGGAGACUACAGCGGUGUCAGCGACGCUCAGGCCGCCGAAUUACUCUUCGAGCCUGAUGCUUCUCACCACUACCUCUCGGAGGACGAUGAGGACGUCGACGAGAGCCGGUUCGUUCCCAAACGCGAGGUCUACGGCGAAGACGAAGAGGAUGACCUCCUUCACAAGGUGAUCGAUGAGUUUGGCCGCGAAAGAAUGGUGCGAAGGUCGGAAUUGCCCAGUGAAUAUCUUCCCAAGCCAUCAUUCCUCUCGCACGACGACAGUGAUAGUGACGACGGCCAAUACGUUGAGGGGGCCGCCGCCGCUCACCACUUCAAUACGUACGAGCAAACUGCCGAACGCCUGGCAGAGAUCAAGGAGAGCCUGAAGGAUGAGCCUUUGGCCAAAUUCUUCGAUUCGGCACAGGAGAUGCGCGACCUAGGCCCUGCCUACAUGAAACUCGGCGCGACCGAAGAGGAGCGUCAGCGCAACCUCGCCGCGCUCAAGGAGGCUCACGCGGAGACGCUCAGAAACCGUGCUGAGGCUGGCGCCGUCGACGUCAAGCCCGGUCAAGAAGGCAUGCAAGCUAGUGAUGUGCCUCGCAACAGCGCUCUCGAGAAGCGGAAGCGCGAGAUGGAAGCCCGUCGCGAGAUCAUCCGGGCGAAGAAGCAGAAACACGAAGCCGACGCUUUCCUCCAGGACGUGCUCAACAACAAGGGUUCUUCGUAA